AUGCCACCGUGCACAGUGGAGCUAUCCUUGUACUUUCUUGCCUGGGAUAAGGUAUAUGCGUAUUUGCGCUAUAGAGAUUUACCAAUCUUCAAUAAGACUGGCAGGCACGAACCGCUCGGUGUGUUUUUCCCUGCCGGACGUCCGUGUCUCAUUAAGUACCAAAACGUUGAGCUGGCCGGGGAAAAGCUUGAUGCAGAGUGGUCUGCUGCCUGCAAACCCACAGCUAGCUCUCCAAAAAUGCUUUUUAUAUCUGAUCAUGCAGAGCCAGUCGAGGGCCUGUCUGAGCUUAGCCUUGCUGCGGUCUACUCUGUUGGCGGAGACAUCUUUUUUGGUGACAGGAGCUUCCUGAUAUCUAGAUUUGAAGGCUUUUUUCCCAUACCAGAGAUGUACGCCACAUCGGCUGCUCAACUUAGCGGAUUUGAAUUUAUUGUAAAGGACGUUCACCUAUAUAUCUCCAAGGCUCUGCUAAUUGCUUUGCAUUCGGGCGACUCUGCUGCUUUGAACGCUCUUCCAGAACAGGGUGUUUUGCACCAGAUGAGAACGUCCAUUCGAGGAAUUUCGUCUCUGAGCGCGUCACUUGUGGCAUCUGUGGAGCUCCAGGAACAGGAGUACAACGAGAACCUGGAGGCACUUGCUACCCUUAUAGUUCCCGAGAGUGUUCAACGUUCUUCCUCCUGUCCCGAUUCUGAGUCUAGCUUGUUUACACAAUUGGCUAGUUUGCUUGGAGAUGUUUUUAUGCCGAUCUAUCUGUUUGAUUUCUCUAAGGGAAAGCCACCCUCUGUCGAUUCGUCAGAACCCACUUUGCAAGCAUACCAGGGAGAAAGGUUCUUCAUUUCUCUUGUUGCUGAUGUCGAGGUAUAUAGUAAGCCCAGCAGCUUGACGUGGAUUCACAGGACAACAACGCCGUGCUUUUGCGGCACCACUUUACGCUUUUUUCUCGAUGACAUGUAUAAGAUAAUUCAGUUAUUUUUUCAAAAAAUUGAGCUACAGCCGGUUAUUUAUUUAUACCCUGCGGCCACAAUGAAUGAUUGCAACGCAGAAAUAGACCUUGUUCAGUAUUCUUCUAAAUCAGGGUUGUUUGGGGCAGUUGUUUUAGUUCCCUUCCUUUGCACGCACGCGUUUCUAUCGUCUGCGGAAGCUUGCAUUGAUGUAGCUGCUAAUAUCUUUACUUAUUGCUUUCUGUCCUGGGCGGUUAGCUCUAUUCUCUCAUAUAGUACGACGCAUACCAGAAUGAAGAGCUCCCUGACGGAUUUCUUCAUGCUGUCCCUUUUCUAUCAAUAUAAGUCUUUAAUUCUAUCGUUUCUAAGCGAUUCCGGACUCUGCAUGGACGCCUAUCAUACCUAUGACCCACAACUCUUGGAAUACACCGCUAUCGACAGGCUGAUGAAAGAUAUACAUGCACUACGGCAGAUGACGUAUUACAGAUAUGAUCGGAGGCUUGAUCUGCAAAUUUAUGAGUUCAUAAUCUCUCUCCACAAGAGCGCGUCUCUUGAUCUAUACAGCUCUCAGACGUCUAGUAAGUAUCUCAGUGACAUGGCAAAGCUGCUUGCGUUUUCUUUGAGCCUGGAUCUUCCAUCCAGUAUUCUCACAAACACCUGGGCGCAAGAUAACAUCAUAAAAGAGGUUGAGUGUGCGUUUUUCUCUCCAAUCCUGACACGAUAUGUCGCAUUACACGAUGGUUCCCAUGCACUGCAUACCAAGAAUCGCACCGCUACGUCCUCUAACUCGCACAUGAGCUUCUUGCCGACGGUGAUGUUUGUUUGCGGACCAACCGACAAGACCUAUGCAACUUACUUUGAACAGCAUGCAGAUCCAGUACGUUCCAUUUUCUCGCGGCCACCUCAAUCUGGUUCAUCUCAGAACUCCGUUUUUUCUUGCUUAAAGACCUUGCUACUGCUUCCUAGUAAUGUCAUUGGAUUAUCUUCCUCAUGUCCACAGUUAAGAUCUAUGAAGGACGUCCUCAUGGAUACUAAGGACGUCUUUGCGGAGAUUGCUACUUACUUGAGUCCGCCGAUGACAUACACGUUUUCUCUUCUUGAAAAUGAUCACAUCAAGCUUACUACGUACUCUAAGCAUGUCAUUUUGUCCGCCUCUACCAUCUAUGCGCAGUUCUAUUCUAAGCUAUAUACUCUUCCACAAGUCACCGUGCAAUCUGAGCUACUAAGAUUGGCCGAAAGUCUAUCAAUUAUUAAUACAAUACCCUCGAAAUUAUCAUGUCUUUUCUGCCCCCAUUACACGCGAAAUGCAUUUUUUCUUCAAAUCAUGACUCCUAAGGCACUUAAAUCCCUGCACCAGCAAGAGAUGCCUGACGAUGGACAAGUCAAGGCCCCAGAUGGGAUCUUGUGUAUUGGCACUGCUGCCCAAGAAUGUUCUCAAUCCCUCUCCGCAGCGGUUGAGCUGACGAAGAUCAUCAGCUCCACACACAACCAGGCUAGAGUGCUGGAGCAACUAUACACGGGGUCUCACCACGAAGACCGUCAUCUGUCUAUGUUGACUCACUUUGACUCUAAUUUCUCAAUACCCUUUUCUAGCCUAAGGCUUUUACUCGACAAGAAGGUUCAAAAUGAGCGGCCUAUAGUGGUGUUCAAAGCAGAGCUUAACUUAAUUUUCAAAAGCAUUAGCGCAAGCACCGGUGAGUACUUUUCUACCAGUGGGGCCUCAUCUCCGGCACCUCUUACUGACGUUAUGUUUGUGCACAUCCUCCAUCCAGGCUCAUUUAGAGACCUUGCUAAAGUCUUCUAUGCUAGAGACUUCUCUAAUUUGCAAUUGAAUUCUGGCAUUGUAGUGUCCUAUCCUUCUACCAACUGCUUUGUCGCACGGCAUGCACGAAGCGGUAUUCUUGGCAUAGUUGAACCUUUUCUGCUGUUUGUCUGCCCCCGUGGUAAUCCACCCGAUCCAUUGCGGCUCGUAGAGGCUUUGAAUAUGUCUGCCAGAAACGCACAUCUGCAUUUCCUAUACAAAAUUGGGGCGGAGCUCUCCCAGAUGGGCACCAUCAACGCUGAUUUAAUAGACAUCAUCAUGUCCACUGUGGAGACGCAAGGAAUCUUCAGCCAGCUCAGUAUCUAUUUCCUUGUUAUGUCCAAGCUUCUCUUCGUUCUUAGAAGCAUUAUUUUGAAUGAAACCUCAUCUGUAACCUCGUCCCUGCGACGGGCAGCAGCCUCUUAUCUUUAUCUCAUUGGUGACCGCGUCUGGUUGAUAGACUACCUGACCACCCUUUUACGGAUCAUCCGACACUAUACAGACCAAUCUUCUGCUAUUGUUGCAGCCGGUAUAGUCAAGUCACUACUGCCUAUCUUUUGCCGGGUGGACGCAGGCCUCUACCUGCUGCUGCAGCUUUGUAUUCGAGGUGUCUGUAGCAAGGAGCGCAAGGCACUGGAUACUAAUCGUGACGGACUUAGAACUGUGGUAUUAACAGACGCAGAGUGCCGCUGCAACUUAGUUUAUAAUAUGGAUUUCUGUGCACAAGUCCUGCGCAAUGCGGCCAUCUUUUCCUACACUAGAGCCACUGGUCCCACGGUGUCAUCAUUCGACUUGCAGCGCUCCUGUUCGCCAACCUGCUUGUGUGAUCUAGAUGGGCAGAAGUUGUCGUCUGGCUGUGAGGGCAAGCCAAAAACAGCGUGUACCCUCCGGACCAUGCUCGGCAUUCGGCAAAAGGUGACAGACCUCAUCGAUCUGUUGAUGAAUCCCGCAUCGGUACACAGUCUCAGGGUUAUAAAGUCUCUCGAUGACGUGUCAGAAUUGGUACAGUCCGUUUUAUUCUAUGCAGUAACGCGUAUCCGUCUAUUUUCUGAAAUGGAGUGGCUAUUGAAGCUCCCAUCCAUAUGCGAGACCAUAUAUAUCUAUAUAGGUAGGUAUUCAGAAGGCACUGAUCUCCUGUGCACCCAAUCAGAUAUUGCUAAGUGCCCUGAGCCCAUCAGGACGAAGGUCCAAACAAUUCACUUUCAAAUGCUUGCCAAUCUAUUAUCCAUACCGGUAAAGCAACAUGCGCUCGUGGUUGUUGAACAAGCUGAACGUAGCUCUUCACCCUAUUGGACCACCAUGCACCAGCUGCUUUCUCACUUAGUGCAUGUCAAUGUACCAAUUAGCGAGUUCACCCUAUCAUCUGUGCUGCACCUACUGGUCAAGUUAGGGACAGACCUACACUUAGCUCCACAGUGCCGACAAAUGGCACUUCAACUGGCGUACAUACUGCUAUCACGCACUAACGUUGUAACACCUGUAGCACCAGCUCACUUUUUAUACAUAAACAUUAUCAUAGGCGCUUUUGGGACUCGCAGGGCGAUCCACUCUUUGACGUUUCUGGAAUGGACGCUUGAGGUCCAACCCUACAUUACGUACUUUAUGAAUAAUUUUGGAGGCUACGCGUUCAACCCCCAGCGGCCCUCUAUUCCGCGCAUUUUCUCAUUCAUGGAGCCAGCCUGUCCCGAUUGUUUCUUCGGCACAUGCACAUGUUCAUUUCUUUCUGAUUCGUUGUACUAUAGGAGCGUCAGGGAGAUGGCUCAUGAACCGUUCCUGAAGAAGAUGCUUGCGCUAGGCCAGACGGUCCUUUCUAUGAUGAACAUGCCUAUAGCCAUUUGCGGGGACAUGCGGAUAUAUGAGGACUAUGAACAAUCAUUUACAUCACGAAUUGAGGAGCUGCGCAAGCCGCGGAUUGAAGAGCGAAUGGACUUCAUAGCAAAAAUUAUGCGGAGCCCGGAGGAGCCACAGGAUGUGGACAACCCGUCGCAGCAAAUGCUGACAAGCACGGAGCUGGCCCGAGAAGAGAUGCGAUUAAUUCAAGGAUACUGUAUGCAUUCUCAAGACGGAGAGCUCCGCUUGUUGGCACAGCAUGUUCUGAAGCUAAUCACCUUGAUAUUGGGGGACACAAUUGCAAAGUAUGAUGUCCCUGGGACGGGAAAACUUAUUCUUCGUGACGCACCCCAUAAAAAUAAAAUGCUGGACAAGUCGGAAUUAGUUCUAAUACACUUCAGAGACAGAUGCAUCUGUAUGAGAUCAUAUUCCAACCCCUAA